UAGCUACUUAUACCUAGUCCUUAAUUGCUUUGGUAACACAUAGACGGGUUUCGGGACUGGUUAGUCAAGACAUCUAGCAGACAAAAUGGCUAUGCUAGUUAGGUCACUGGGAAAAAACUGCCUUUUGAGGCAGCAGCUGUCUUUUGCAAAUAAAAAUGUUGCUAUGGCAUCUUCAGCUUAUGAUGAGAUGAAAGUUUACUGGGAUAAAAACAAAAAGUUGGAGAGACCAAUGUCACCAUUUUUAUUCGCUUACAAGCCACAUUUAGCUAUGUCUAUGUCACUGAGUCAUCGUGUAACUGGAGUGGCCAUGUCUGUUGCUGUAACUGGAGCCUCCAUUAUUAUGUUGGCAUUACCUGGUGAUUAUACACAUUAUCUUGAACUGGUGAAAUCUCUUCAAAUUGCCCCGUUCAUUAUCUAUGGGUGUAAAUAUUUAUUGGCAUGGCCUAUUUCGUACCACUAUAUUAACGGAUUCCGACAUCUGGCAUGGGAUGCAGGGAAAGGUUUCGCUUUGUCAACUUUAUAUAAAACAGGAUAUACCGCCAUUGCUCUAUCUUUUAUCGUUGCUUCCAUGUUCGUUUUCUUAUAUUAAAUAUAUCCCAUACCGGUAUUCAACUAGUUUUUCAACUUUGUAUAAGAUGAAUUAUGUAAGAUUUAGAUAAAGAGCUGGUCAUUCUUGCUACAAUAGUUUAAAAAUAGAUACAGAAAAAAGAAAAAUUUGAAAAUUUCAGUCACAUUACUUUUGUGUGCACAGUUUGCAUUAUGGACUAUUCUUGUACUAAUAUAUAUUACUGUUUCAAUGACAUUUAUUAAUUAAAGUGAAAUAUACAGGCUAUAAUUCUACGAAAUACAAUUACUGCUUUAUUACUGAACGAUAUUUCGACUAGGCUUCUAUAGUCAUUACGAAGCUCAUAAUAAACAGUAAUUGUAUUUCAUAGAAUUAUGAUCUGUAAUAAGCAGUAAUUGUAUUCUAUAGAAUUGUGAUCAGUAAUUGUAUUCUAUAGAAUUGUGAUCUGUAAUAAACAGUAAUUGUAUUUCAUAGAAUUAUGAUCUGUAAUAAGCAGUAAUUGUAUUCUAUAGAAUUGUGAUCUCUAUAUGAUAUAAUAUUACAAGGUAAAAAAUCAGCUGGAUGUGUAUGAUCUAAAACUAAUGGACUUAAGUUAUCAAUAUAUAGACCCUCAUUCUCGUAUCCAAAUGUCGACACGCUACCACUCACUGACUUGUCUUGUAGGUUCUAGGUUCCUUUUUGGGCAUCAGUGGUGCCAGACAAGCAAAAAUGCCACUACCUGAGCAAAAUAUCUGUAUGCAUGUUCCAUGUACAUGUUGGCGUGUACAUAAUAAGAGAAUCCUUGACAUUAGAAAUUUGAAAUAAGAGAAAUUCGUAGGACUGUUUUAUGAGCAAUAUCUCCCUUAUAUCAGACGUCAUGGUCUGGCUAGUGCAGAAAAGUAAUUUUGACAGCCUCGGGUUCAGAUCAAGCUACCAGACAGAUACAGACUGUUUGCUACACUGUGUAUUGUUUUUUACAUUUCACACAAAUGUAGUAUGCGUAUAUUCUGUUGUUUUUAAUAUUAAAUAAUAUAUAUAU